CAAGGGGAAAAUCUUCCUUACAAAAUUUACUAUAUCACAUUCAAUGUCAAGAAAGAAGGCAAAGACGGUGGCACUCUAAUAAGGACCUUUGAAGCCGAGGGCGGUGUUCAUUUGUCAACAAAAAACCUGUGGAUCUCGGUGUUCAUUUGUCACAAAUUAGAAUAAUCACCGGCAAAACCCCAUCAUCAUCACCGGCCUUCCUUCUUCAUCAUCAUCACCGCAUCAUUACAACAUCUUCAAUUCUGCAGAAUCAUCACCGGCAAAACCCCACCAUCAUCACCAGUCUUCCUUCUUCUUCUUCAUCACCGCAUCAUCGAAAAACCUUAAGAAUCGAUACAAAUGCGAAGAACAAAUCCACACAUCAUCCCAAAUCCGCGCAAAUGUCCGAUUGGCCAACCUCUUUCAUCGUCGAUUUCUUCCUUUCGCCCCUAUUAAAUGCCAGUUGUACUUAUCUCUAGGUACAACCAGAUGGAUGAUAUAAUUUGUGGUUGCAUACUCAUCGUCGGUGAAAAGCAGUGUGGCCUUUUCCAAUGGUUAUAAGAGGGUGUUUGGGAGUGUGCCGCUUUUAAUAAUCUAGCUUCUACUUUGAGUAGAAGUGAUUUUACUCUGUUUGGCAUGUCAGCUUCGGCUUUUCACUACCACUAUUUUGUACAUAGAACACCGUUUCAGAGAAGCAGCUGCGUGGAUUGUUGAAGAUGCCUAUCCCCAGUGAAGAUUUGCAAGAGUGACAACCAUGAAGCUGAUGAUGAAGAGGACGAUGAAUAUGACUCUUAUAAUGGGGAGUAAUAAACACUUUCAGAGUUUUGAACGACUGCAUAUUGAAGAUGAUGAAGAUGAGAUCCACCAGAGCAGCUUUGAUCCUUGCUUUCUUCCUCAUCCUCACGGCCACCCGCACCUCCUCCACCCGACCCGACCCGGAUCGCGAUGGACAGGCCAAGCACGGCGGCGAACCGAGCCGCGCAGGGGGAGGACGAGGAGGAGACUUCGGAGGGUUCUUCGGGCCGGGACCCGGGUUCAGCAUACCCGGGUUCGGCGGCGGGUACGGGUCCGGCUUCGGAGGCCCUGGAGGCGGGUACGGGAAGGGCGGGGUGGUGCGGCCGCCGGCGGUGGUCUGCAAGGAGAAGGGGCCGUGUCGCGGGAAGAAGCUGACGUGUCCCGACAAGUGUUACAAGUCGUUCAGCAGAUCCGGGAAGGGCUACGGCGGCGGCGGCGGCGGAGGGAGCUGCACCGUGGACUGCACCAAGAAAUGCGCCGCUUAUUGCUAGUAGCAAUUCGAUUCUCAUUCUAAAAUGUUUGGGCGAUGAUUUGAUUUGAUUUGAUGUUCUUCCUUUCUCAUUUUGGAUUGGAUUUUUGGAGUGCCAAAAAUCCAUUCUCGUGUGUAUGCCGUCAUUACUACUACCAGUACUCCCGUAUUAAUAUUAUAAUUACUCCAAUCUUUCCUCUUUAUAAUUUUUGAUUAACUAUUUUUAUUUGAUUUGUUGAAAUAUUGACAUAAAAUUUAAGAAUAAAAAUUAUGUACUUAA